UGUGACCGCUGUUGUACUGACGAUAUCGGCGACUACAGCUACGGGCGAGCGGGCAUGCGGAUGACGGUGGCGGUGGCUACAGUAUUGAAUCAACAUCCGCGCACGAACCAUCGCCUCCGUUGACCGAAUAUAACUAUUUCUACGUCUACUAUUAUUAUUAUUAUUAUUGUUGAUAUCAUUCCGUAUUCACCUAGUCCUAAAUAUUAUCACAUAAUAUCGUAGUAUUUCACCAGUUAAAAAUGAAGACCACUCGAUUUUCAGUCAGCGCGCUAAUAGUAAUGUCACUCCUAAUAACCGGAUGCCUUUGCAGACCACAGGAUUCCAAUAGUAAAUCAUUAAAGGAAUCCGUCCCGGGUGGAGCCAAACCGCUGGAAAGUGUGACCGGGCCGACGAUUCCGUCCAACCGGAUGGACAGACUUCAGAAGCCCUCACAAGUGUUGAACAUGGGUUUCGACGAGAUCGUCGUCGAGUCAAACUUACAAGUGCACAACCGAGCUGGAUCUAAAAACAAAUCAAAAAUCAUGCUGCCUUCUAACUCGACGGCUACUUCGAUGCAAACCAGCAAAUCGGCCAGAUCGUUAUUGGUGUGACGCGUGCGCCGACGUAUUUACAACUAAAACUAUAUAAACAUUAAACACAGAUAUAUAAUAACAUAAUGUACCUAUACCUGUCUUAAUAUUAUUUAACAUAAGCCACGCACAAUGUUUUAACCCGGAUAAUGUAUUUUUAUUCAAAACGCAUCGCGUUUCGAUCUACGUUACGUUCAACAAUUAAUGCACCGAACAUGUUUGCAAUAAUAAAAUAAUAUAAUUUAAUAUA